CUGGACGUACGUAACAACGGAAGCAGCAGUCGUGCGGGGAGGACGACCAACGGCGACAAAGUUCUUUGGAAAACUACGAGCAAACUUGCUGGGACUACUACUCGUUGGGUUCUGUGCGGCACGUCUCCCAAAAGCCACGGCUUACCGUGACAUUCUCUUGUCAUCCCAUCACGUUUCUCCCCUGUGAUCUCGCUAUCCACAAUGAGCUUUGGUCUAGGUUCAACCGUAGCUGCGACCCAAAAUAAGGACGUAGAGCUCCCACAACCGCCGAGUGAUAGUGUGUCCGAGCUUUCCUUUUCUCCCAAGGCCAACUAUAUUGCCGCUAGUGCCUGGGAUAAUCAAACCCGGAUCUGGGAGAUUGGACCAAAUGGUCAGAGUAUACCUAAAGCUGCAAUACAGCAUGAGGCGCCAGCUCUUUGUGUGGAUUGGUCACUGGACGGCACCAAAGUGCUUUCAGGAGGGUGUGAUAAAGCUGGUCGUAUGCUAGAUGUCACCACUGGACAACAGGCCCAGGUAGCCGUUCACGAUGCACCUAUUCGAAGCUGUCGAUUUGUCGAGGGUCCGGGCAAUGCUCAGUUGGCUGUCACAGGUAGUUGGGACAAAACAGUUCGGUUUUGGGAUCUCAGGCAACAAAAUCCAGUACAUGUCUAUCAAUUGGGGGAGCGGUGCUACGUGAUGGAUUCAUCAGGUCCUUUGUUGGUGAUUGGCUCGGCGGACCGAAAACUGCACGUGUUUGACAUGAACAAUCCCUCGACGCCUUUCAGAGUGAUUGAUUCUCCAUUAAAAUUCCAGACUAGAAGUAUUGGAUGCUUCACAGUCUCAUCGAGUCCAGGGUUCUGCGUUGGGUCCAUUGAAGGAAGAUGUCAAAUUCAAUAUAUUGAAGAGAAGCAAUUGAGUUCCUCCUUCUCAUUCAAAUGUCACAGAGUAGACAAAGAAGUGUACAGCCUCAACGCCAUAUCCUUCCAUCCUACCUUUGGCACGUUUUCUACCGCCGGAUCAGACGGAACCAUUAACUUUUGGGAUAAGGAGUCAAAGCAAAGGUUGAAAGCGUUCCCGUCUGUAGGAUUCCCCAUCACCAGCACUGCGUUCAAUGCUGACGGUAGCAUUUUCGCGUAUUCCAUCGGUUAUGAUUGGCAUAAGGGAUAUCAGGAGCACCGCCCGGGGAGCAAGGUUGCUAUUAUGCUUCAGUCGGUGAAUCCAAAUGACAUAAAGCCAAAACCCGCUGGUAUAAAAACCAAACGGUAAACUUGGGAAAGGGAUGAGCGACGAGAUGGAACUUUCAUUACGGCAAAUAUGUAUUGUAUGGAAAGAACUAUGUACAGAAACCGGUAGAAUAUUGCGGUGGACAAAAUGAUUGCGUGUACAAUGCUUUAAAUUGCGUUGCCGCUUGACCUUUUUGUUUUUUUACCUCGCAAAUGCAUCACUUUCAACCCCAAUACCACCACCACCACCACCAGAAAUUUUCGUCGAUACCCGAUCGCCUUUUUUCUGCUGGUGUUGUUUCUUUGCCUCAUAGUAUUUUUUCUUUAGAUCUUGCAGGUUCCUGUUGAGUACCUCUAUCUGGUACUUGUAUUCGUUGACUUGAGAGUGGUACAUGUUUAGCUCCGAUGCUAGGGCCUUGGAUAUUUUUUUGUUAGAUUAUUGUGAAUAGAUUUUGAUACAGAC